AACACACCUGAUCAAGCAAAAACAACACACCUGAGCGCCGAAGCAGGAAUCAAAUGAACGCGAAAAUAAAGCGCUAAUUUUGGGCAAAUCUUUUUGACAGAACACGAUGAUAAGCGAAUUUUCUUGAUCUUUAUAAUUCAGGUUGGUUGUUUAAGUACAGCUGAAGGGAUUGACGAAUUUUUGAGGACUAUCACAAACACAUCAGGAUCCGUCAGAAAUGACUUCGUGUCGUUUUGGUUUUGUCUUCUUGCUUCUGGUCCCGGCUGUUUAUGGCGCAGGAACCGAGAGCGAUACACCCGGACAAGAACAAAAGUGUGAUAAAAAGUUUAUUUCAGGACGGGAAGGGUUUGUUUUGGAUACAGAAGAGUCGAUCAGCGAGGGUGCCACUUUCCUGGCGAACCUGAGUGUCCUGCAUACGGAUGAGUGUGUUGCUGCGUGCUGCAGUGAUGCCAAGUGUAACCUGGCCCUCGUAGAAGCCGUGAAAGAGCAGGAAUUUGGCAACUGCUUUCUCUUCGACUGCUUAUAUAAGCAGAGAUAUGUCUGUAGAUUUAUCAAAACUGCGAAUUUUACUAGUUAUAUCCAGAAUUCAGUGUAUGAGCAUUACCUGAACGGAGGCAAGAAUGAGUUCUUGCUCUUUUUUGCCCAAGAUGAGAAGGACAAACCUCCCAUUGCCAAUGCUGGGAAGGAUGUGGUGGUGCAGCCUAAUGAUGAGGUCAUGCUGAAUGGCAUAGAGAGUUUGGAUGAUAAUAAGAUCGUAAACUACACAUGGACCCUCGUUACGGGAAACAAAUCUGUUGUGAUGGAGAAAACUAAUCUGCGGGAUCAGAUGAGAGUGUCCAACCUGUUUCCUGGGGUGUAUGAUUUCAGACUGACAGUGACUGAUUCAGCACAUCAGUCUAAUUCAGCUCAAGUCACUGUGCUGGUUCUUACUUCUGAGCAAUCUGAGCGUCACUGUUUGACCCCUAAAAAGGUGGGUCCCUGUCGAGGUUCUUUCCCACGUUGGCAUUACAACGCUGCUUCUAGCCACUGUGAGAAAUUCAUGUUUGGAGGCUGUAAGGCCAAUAGCAACAACUAUCUCAAUGAGGAGGAGUGUCUGGAGGCCUGUGAAAACACCAUAGUGACGGUCAGUGGUGAGGCAAGAAGAGUGUUGAAUGAAGAUACGGACUGUCGUUCUCCAUGUAUGGAAGACCAGUUUCAAUGCUCUAAUGGCUGCUGUUUAAAGAAAGAAUUUGAGUGUGAUGGCGAGGCGCAGUGCAAGGAUGGUUCUGAUGAGGCCAGCUGCACAAAAUGGAAUGCAAGCCUAUCCCGACUUCUUGCCAUUAAAGCAAAUCGUAAUGCUCACUGUACUGAACCACCAAAGACAGGCCCGUGUCGAGCCAGUUUUAAACACUGGUAUUAUGACGCCUCUAACGAGAAGUGUCAUCGGUUCGUUUAUGGUGGGUGUGAUGGCAACGACAACAACUUUGAGAACGAAGAUGCUUGCAUAGAGGAAUGCUCUGGUGUCACAGAAAAUGAUGUGUUUGCGAGAGGAUUACACAGUGUAAGAGAUGAAGAACUAGGUGAAAGCCAGUCAGCCUCUGUUGCUUUGGCUGUGGUUUUGGUUGUGGCCGUCUUGGCUGUUCUGGCUGUGUUGGGUUAUUGGUUCCUCAAGAACAGGAAGAAGAAGCGUGAACAUCAGCCUGUGGCCACCACCAGUCCUCCAGUGGUCUACACUGAUGAUCCCCACCAGCUGGUCUACAACACCACCACCUCCAAAGCAUGACUCCUUAAAAAUGUUUCAUAUCUGUCUUUCUGCAACAUGGUCUGCUGCUCAGUAUGAAUAAUUGUGGUGACUGAUGGCUCAUGGCAACUCCUAUGCAUGAAAAUAAUUCUCAGAAAACAAGAUCCUGACUUCAACAUGAUGCGUCUUGAGUCACUAGUCUGGGUGUUUUGUCUCAGGUGUGUAAAUGCGAAAGGCAAUUUAUGAGCAUUUUAUAAUUUUUCUUAACGUUUUAAACAUAUCAGGGCCCGAACACUAUACAACAAAAAUAAAAACAAUAGUGUGUAUGUUAGAGGAAUGGUGAGAGAACGAGAAGUUUGUAAAAUAUUUUUUUUACUUGGAGAAUUUUAAAUCCUGCUUUCUGGGAGAACUCGGGUCAGAAUAAAGCCAUGGCUAGUGAAAUUUUCUUACUGUUGACAGUUUUGUUAAAAACAAGAAUUUGUUUAACUUAAAGCCAUAUUUUAGCAUUUUAAAGGUUUUUGAGGGGGUGAAUUUCUUGAAUUACAUGUUAAUGUUUGUGUUAUAUUUUUAUUUUCAUGACAGUGAUUUAUAUUUUAUGGCGUGACGUAAUUAUGCUGUUUCAUGUGAAAUGCAAGUAAUGUGUUUUAUUUGAACCACAAAGCCAUGUGUAUCUCAGAGGAGCUGGCUGUGGAGUUGUUUAAUGUUGAGUUCUUGAUGGACUGGUUUUUAAAAUGUCCGUUUUUCUAUAUAUGUGUAAUAAAGAGAAUCCAUUAACACUA